AUGGAUGUUCUUGGUGCCUUGGCUUUGGCCACCACAUCAAUGGCGGCGGAGCCACUGCCUUCUAUGAUUCAACUAGAGAGACCGCCGUCACCAGUAUAUGGUGCUGGCCGUUCAAUCUUAACCAAGAGAAUGAAGAUAAACAUUGCUGUCCAAUCUUUGUUCCAAGUCACUCUUCUAUUGAUUCUGCAUUUCAAGGGAAAAGCUAUUCUCCAGGUGGACGAGACCACAUUAGAAGCUUUAAUUUUCAACUCCUACAUGCUUUGCCAAGUCUCUGUACUGAUCAACACAAGAGAGAUUGACAAAACUAAUGGUUUUGAGGGGAUGUUUAAGCAUAAGAACUGUGGGUUUCUUGUCCUUCUAGGAGCCAUCGUUGUCCUGCAGCUGGUAGAGAUUGAGUUGGCUGCGGUUGUUGCUCAUUCAGCUAGGUUAGAUCUGAAACGAUGGUGCAUCUGUAUUGGAAUUGCAGCAGGAGCGAUGCUUAUAGACUGUUUGGAAAGCAUUCCAGCAGAGAAAGUUGAAGAUGGUGAUGAUCCCCUAGCACGCUAA